GCGGUCGCGUUUUUCGCGUAGUGUGGUAAACAAUGUAUGGGAACCGCCGACAAAGAAUGCCGAUCGCAGAGAGCCGAAGCCAUCCUAGCUGCUGAUAGGUGGGAGGAAAAAUACCACCAGUUCCUAGUCCAGCCUGACGAUCAAUAUAAAAGGUGUUCGCUGGAGAAAGGAGGCGAUGUUCGCUUCAAAGCCAAGAACUAGACCAGAGAUCGCUCCGUGGGAGCAGUUUUGCAAGGACGAGGCGAGACGAGCGGCACACGAGUUCCUGGAGAAGGUGCGUAGACUGCAGACCACGGACAGAAGCAGCAUGGAGGUCCCGGAGAGCGUGUUCGCUACGAAGUUCUCUGCUCACUUUCUCGACGAAGUGAUGGACUUGACCGGCACCGUCCCGAACGGGAGCGUCCAAGACUACGGCCGCAGCGGUAGCGGGAGCGGGAAGAAAGUAGGAGCGGGGAAAUCGUCCUGGUGGAACAUUUUCAAGAGAAAACAGUGUCGCGACGAGAGAGGUGUCGUGCUUGUCGGCAGCAGCGCGUCCAACAGAAAUGCCGGACUCGGCUCGGGCCUGGUGCUGCACCAGCAGAGCGCGGGCGGUUCGGUGGUGCUAGAGGCGCACGUCAAGAUGUUGGACAUGACUAGUUCUUCAGCGGAGCUAUCCUGGCAGGCGUGUCGCCUGGCCCUUACCUCCGAGCAGGGAAACCACCAGCUGGAAAUCUACUGCCCACCCAAGAGCAACUUUCCAAAGAUGUCCCUGUUCUGCUUCCUACUGAAGGAGGUUCGAUCCUCGACUACUCUUGAACUACCCGACUCUGUCUCCUCGUUUGUUGUCAAGGUUGGUUCACACACACACACACACACACACACACACUCUCUCUCUCUCUCCUCUCUCUCUCUCCUCUCUCUCUCUCCUCUCUCUCUCUCUACUGCUGAUAGAUGCAUGUACACACACAUGUAACUAGAGAUAUAGGGGCAUUACCUUCAAAAUACCCAAUCACCUGUCAAUUACUAA